CCGUUUCCGCCCACUUUUGUUUACAAAACAUCAACUGUAGAGUGAGUUUCAAAUUGAUAGACAUUUGACAACAAAAGGCAUACAUCCGAUUAUGACCACCGAUGACCAGACAAUGAAGUCAUUCACAAACAAUAAGAUUGAUCCACGACUUUGUUCCUAUCGAUUGGGUAACAAAAUUCGCAGAACUAUUAAAAAGGCGAUCGAAGUGGACGCCGAAGACAACGACCAAUUGAAGUACUCAAUCAAUGAAUUGAGGAAAGCCGUGGACACCGAGGAUGACAACAAACAGCUCAUCACUUACGACACAUUAUCAUCAAUUCAUAAAUAUCUGCAACGAAUUGAUUCCAAUUAUGAUUUAUUUUUUUAUCAAUUUCUCGAUGAAUGCAAAGUUAUUUUACCACAAUCUCGAAAGAACAAAGAACUUGAAGAGCGAUUGAUUGAACUGAAUUGCAAACAAUCGGUAAAAGAUUACAAAUCGAUGACCACAUCGAUGGGUGGCAUCAGUUCAGACAAAGAGAGUGCUUCUAGUUUUUCAUUGGGCUAUGAAUUCCGUCAAAUGCGUCCGACUCUCAUAGCUGUGUUCAACGCUUUUCUCACAAUUGGUGGCACUUUUAUCUUCGUCUACAAAGCUGUUGAAUAUUCUCUUCCGGAACCACACAUAUCCACUCAGGUCUUAAGCGGUUUAUUUGGUGCAAUGAUCGUAGCCGUGGCUGAAAUGUAUUUUUUAGUUAGAAUUAUCUAA